UCCCUUGAAAUCACCAAUUUACGCCAUGUCUUCUCUACCUCCGGUUUACAUUGUCUCCUCUUCCCGCACUCCAGUGGGCUCGUUCCUGGGUGCCCUGUCGAGUCAGACCGCUCCGCAGCUGGGCUCCCAUGCGAUUAAAGCUGCCCUCAGCAAAGCCGAUGGAAUCAAGCCUUCUGACGUGCAGGAGGUUUUCUUUGGCAAUGUCAUUUCUGCCAAUGUCGGACAGAAUCCUGCUAGACAAUGCGCUCUUGGUGCUGGACUCGACGAGUCAACGGUCUGCACUACUAUCAACAAGGUCUGCGCCUCUGGUUUGAAGGCCGUCAUUCUCGGUGCCCAAACCAUCAUGACCGGAAAUGCAGACGUCGUUGUGGCCGGUGGCACCGAGUCCAUGUCCAAUGCCCCGCAUUACCUCCCCAACCUCCGUUCUGGUGCAAAGUACGGCCACCAGAGUCUUGUAGACGGAAUCAUGAAAGAUGGCCUGACCGAUGCGGGCAAGCAGGAGCUUAUGGGUUUACAAGCCGAGGAGUGUGCCCAGGACUAUGGAUUCACUCGGGAGCAGCAGGACGAAUAUGCUAUUCAGACUUACGAAAAAGCCCAGGCCGCUCAGAAGGCAGGUCUUUUCGACGAGGAGAUCGCGCCCAUUGAACUUCCCGGCUUCAGGGGCAAGCCGGGUGCCAUCGUCGCUCAAGAUGAAGAGCCCAAGAAUCUCAACCCUGAUAAGCUUCGAAGCAUCAAGCCUGCCUUUAUCCCUGGUUCUGGAACUGUGACGGCCCCCAAUUCCUCCCCUCUCAAUGAUGGUGCUGCAGCUGUUGUCCUGGUCUCGGAGGCCAAAGUAAAAGAAUUGAAACUCAAGCCUAUCGCAAAGAUUCUCGGAUGGGGCGAUGCCGCGCACCAGCCCAGCAAGUUCACCACCGCCCCUGCGCUCGCGAUCCCGAAAGCCCUCAAGCAUGCCGGUGUUGCUCAGGACUCCGUUGAUGCAUUCGAGAUUAACGAGGCCUUUAGCGUUGUCGCCCUUGCAAACAUGAAACUACUCAACAUUCCCGAAGAGAAAGUCAACCUGCACGGCGGUGCUGUGGCUAUUGGUCACCCAAUUGGUGCCAGCGGCGCUCGAAUUCUGACUACCUUGAUUGGAGUUCUUAAGGCCAAGAAGGCCAAGAUCGGCUGUGUCGGAAUCUGCAACGGUGGUGGUGGUGCAAGUGCCAUGGUGGUUGAGUACCUUGUCUAGAUUCUGACAUCUCUCACUAUUGACGGAGUUUGCCUCAAGGAUUGUAAGGAUGGGAAAUGACAUAUUUUCAUAGCUUAGGCUAGAUUACCAUUCUGACUCAGAUGGAAUGCAACUUAAUACCUAAAUGGUCGCUAUCUUUCAUAUCAUUUGUGUUUCGG